AUGAAGUUCUCCGUCAUCGCCCCUGCCGUCCUUGCUGCCUGUGCAGCAGCACUUCCAACCGCCCAGGAAGCCAAACCUGACGCCGCAGGACCUUUCUCAUUGAUGGCUCUUCGCUCUGCAUCUCCUCUUCACUUCCAGCCGAUCAAUGCUGCCGGCCAGAAAUUCUGGGUUGGAGGCUCGACAUCUUCUUACUGCCCGUCCAACAUCGACCCAUGCCCUCCAGGCACUCAGACUGUUUUUGCCAACACCAAUGGAUUGGACGUCGAAGUCCCAGGCGGCCAAGCAGUCUACGUUGACCCCUCUGGUGCUCUCUCAUUCACCCAGGCGCAUUCCGCCUACAUUCCUGAGGGUUCUGUCCAGGGUCCUUUCACUUAUACUCCCGGCCAGCCAUUCGGUACUUACACCACCGGCGCUUUCGGUUCUACUGGUUUCAUGGCUUGCCCCGAUAAUGCCGCUGCUCCUACUAAGUGGCAGGUGUUUGCUGCUAUUCAGAAUGCGACUGUACCCACCGGCAAUGUUGGAGAUUGUUUGGGAUUUGAUGCUGCUGCGAUUGAGUACUCGGGAGAGAUUCCUGCGUGGCACAUUUAUUACACCACGAUGCUCACCAAAGACAUCCCCAUCGACAACCACCACAUCCAAACGCUCGAAGAACGACUACUAGACCUCGACCGCAAAAUCCUCAAACACCACGAUCGCCUCCUCGAAAAGACAGAGCGGCUCGUCUCAAGCACAACACACAUCUGCAACGAACUCCAAACCACAAUCCGCACUCUCAACAAUCAAGCCUCAGUCAUCAACAACACAAAACACAUCGUUUCCGCGCAGGCGCGCACGAUAAGCGCACAGGCACGGAAGAUUAGAGCACAGCAGGGGAUGAUUGAUGUCCUGCAGCGGGAUAUAUUCCGAUUGGGGAGGUGGUAUACCGAGUCCCUGGGUAGAAUUAAUAUGCUUGAUGAAACGAUUACGGAUCGAGGUGAUGAUAUUCGUGAGCUGUGGCAGGCGCUAAAUCGGCAUACGGCGUUUGUGGAGAGGGUUGAGAGAGACAAGUAUUGGAUGCAUGUUUAUACGAAACAGGUGAUGAUGUUGAGGGCUGCGGAGCUUGAGUUUGCUGUUACUGCGGAUGACGAUCGUGACGAGGAUGACGAUGAAGGAAGUGUCACUGCGGAAAGUAUUUGUAUGGAUUCGACUAUUGUUACACCUCUUCAACCACAUAUCUUGCUUGAUAAGAUUGUGGUUCAUAUGAUGAAGGACGUGUUGCCGGAUCGAUUUGGGAAAGUUUGUGAUGGGUUUGAGAUUGUUCAUGGAUCUUCGGCCACUGUACAUGGAAGAGACGAUGUUGAAGACUCGGAGAAUGGAUCUGAUGAAAUGCUACGCGGGAGCUCAGAUGAGGAUUAG